AUGGGCCCUCCUGAUGCAUCCAAAGUCAUCGGCGACGAUGGAGCCUCGCCCGACGUGCAGCAGGAUGGCCUGGGGUCCGGUAAAGUGCCGAAGAUCACGAUCCUGCGGCUCGAACUCAGCACUGCCAUGAAGGACGAGGCAGUCGCGCACUUGAUCCAGAUCCUGCAGGCAACACCCAACGCCAUCGAGAAGGACAUCGCCACCGACAUGAAGAAGUUCUUCGACCAGAAAUACGGGCAGACCUGGCACUGCAUCGUGGGCAAAGGCUUCGGCUGCUCCAUCGCGUACGACACGCAGUAUCUGCUCUUCUUUCGCGCCGAUCAGCACUACGUACUGCUCUUCAAGUCCACCGAGUGA